GAAAAAUUGGAGGCCAUGAUGGCAUCUGCGUUUCCAUAACGUCAAGCUCCAGACGGACUCUUUUCUGACGGUCCACCACCCUGGCACUUCUGCUCCCAAAACCUUGCGGGCUCCACUUGGGUGAGUUCGAGCUUGGCCUGUUGGAUGCUAGCCCUAUGUGCCUACCCACGCUUGCACAAAUGCCCCUGCCACCGAAUUUUCAUUUGCAUGUUUUUCACAGCCUUCUCUCCUGGUGCGUGCCAAGUGCAGAGCCAGCGCCUCCCAGAGUCCCAGAGCAAAGCGGGCCUUCCUCGACUCCUCUUCGCCUUCCAGCCUUCCAGCCUUCCUCCUCCCACCGACAUUGAUCCUGUGGACGAACCACAACACGACUCUAGCAAGUGGCAACCACUCAGCCAAAGCCCUCAACUGUGGUUGGUAGCCAGCUCCGUCAGGAAAACCAACCCGUUGCCGACUUGGAUGCACUUGCAACCCGCCAGUUCUCAUUCGCGAAGAAAGACCUCGCCGGGCACGACUCGCGAGCAAUGGAUUAGGUUGCCGUAAAGGCCUAUCAGGAGACUUGCAUCAUCAAGAGGCCUCAAAACGAUCGAUCGCAUCUGCCUUCAGUCCCUCCACACCCUUUCUAGAAGAUCUGGGACACCCAGACUUCGCCCGGUUAGAGCCUCUGACUCGUAGCAAUGCGCUCCCAUUUGCCACCCC